ACGCACCAUGCGGCGCGGUUUGCGUCGCGGCUGCGACGGGUGGGGGUCUACGGGUUCAACCUGCUGCUCUGGUCGCGGCUGGUGGACCGGCGGCUCGACGCGGUGCCGAUCGAGCUGGCGCGGACGUUGCUCGACAAGAAGGGCGUGCGAUACAGCGCGCCGAAUCUUGGCGUCGCGGGAGUCGAGGCCAAUCGCGCCGCGGUCUGGGAAGAAGGCUUUGCGGGCGUUUAUGCGACGCUGCUGCUAAACCUACAGACGCCCGACACGCUGUCGCCCGUCCGCUACGCGCACCCGGCGCCUUCCUUCGCGGGCGUCUACCUGUGGGACUCGGCGUUCAUCUCGCAGGUCUGGGCGCCGUGGGACCGCAUGGUCGCCAGGGACGUACUGCAAGCGGUGGUCGAUCUGCGGGACGGCGAUCGCUUGCAACACGUCGUCGCGGACUUCAGCGAGUCGGUGUUCACGCAGCCUCCACUCUUGGCAUGGGCUGUGCAUCGCUUGGCCCAGGCACAAGAAAUCCGUGACGACGCCGGCUGGCUAGGCGCGAUGUACGAACCGCUCGCCGCCUAUCACGAAUGGCUGAAAGCUAAUCGGCGACUAGAAGGCGGUCUCUAUGCUUGGCUUCAUCCGUAUGAGUCCGGCAUCGACAACUCGCCGCGGUUCUCGACGCUCGAUGAAAGCCGCUUCGCCGACACGACGCCCUUGGCGGCGCCCGACUUCGCGACCUACAUGGUGUUGCAGUGCGAGGCACUGGCGGAGUUAAGCGACUUGCUCGACCGCGAGGACGCGCCGACCUAUCGUCAAGCCGCCCAAGGCCUCCGCGACGGGAUGAACGAUCGCCUGUGGCACGCCGGGGACGGGGUGUACUACGACCGCAACGAAACGUCGGGGGAGUUUGUCCGCUCGAAGACGAUCGCCUCGCUGUUGCCGCUGUGGGCCGGCGCGCCGACGGACGCCAUCGCCAAUCGGUUGCGAGACCAAGCGAUGGACCCCGACGCGUUCGGGACCACCGUGCCGCUGCCGACGGUUGCACGCAACGACCCCUUCUUUGCCAAGGACAUGUGGCGCGGGCCGGUUUGGAUCAACACGGCGUAUGCGGUGUUGCAAGGGUUAGCGCGCCACGGCUACUUGGAAGAGACCGCGUCGCUGGCGUACCGGCUGUGUGAUGGGGUCUAUCGCACGUUCGGCGAGUGCCGGCGGUUCUUCGAGUUCUACGACCCCGACCGCUACGACAUCGAAGAGCUCGGCCGCAAAGCAGGUAAUCGCUGGAAGCACUUCACGCUCGGAAGCAAGCCGGUAGGCGAGUUCGUCGGCUGGACGGGCCUCGUCAAUACGAUCGUCAUCGAGACGCUCGUCGGCUUCCACCAUGUCGCGGGGCGCCGCGUGCUGCGGCCGCUGUUGCCGAAGGAGGCCGAGGGCGUGGCGAUGAACGUUCGUCUGCCCCAAGAAGGUCUCGAUAUCAUGGUUGAACGAGAGGGUGACCGAGUGCUGGCGACGGUAAGAGACAGCGCUAUGAAGUUCUGCGACAUCACGCUCUCGUACACCGAGACCAGCGGCGGCAUCCGCACGUACAUCGACGCCAAGCGUGAGUAUCUCAAUCGCCACACCGAUCAUGAGCACGUGCUGAUCGUCCCCGGCGAGACCGAUGAGGUCAUCGCCGAGGGACGCAACACGACGCAUCACAUCGCCAGCCCCUACCUGCCCGGCUGCAAGCCGUACCGCGUCUUCUGGCGGCCCGACAAGAUCAAGCAGGCGCUCGACGA